AUGGGGGUUGUCGAAGGCCGGCUGGGAGGGCUUCUCAUUGUUUUGACAAUAAUGGGCUUGGCUUUUCCGGUGUUCUUUAAUGCACUGGUCCAGGGGUAUAACCGUCCACCGCCGCGCAAAAACGUCUAUGUCCCUUCUGACGAUCCUGGUUCUGAUUCUCCACAACAGGUGCAUAUAUCUACAGUAGGUGCAGACAAAAUGAGAGUAUCCUGGAUCACCGACAGUCCAAGUCUAGCAACGGUGGAAUAUGGCACAUCUCCUGGUGCAUAUGAGAAGUCGGCAACUGGGUCGACAAGUUCAUACAAGUAUUUGAUGUACGAGUCUGGGGAAAUCCAUGACGUGGUCAUCGGUCCCUUGAAACCCAACACAGUAUACUACUACCGCUGUGGAUCCAAUUCGGGUCCUGAGUUCAGUUUCAAAACCCCUCCUGCAUCCUUCCCUAUCACAUUUGCAAUCGUAGGUGAUCUUGGGCAAACUGAAUGGACUAAAUCAACCCUCGAUCACAUAUCCAAAGUAAACCACGACAUGUUUAUGCUACCAGGAGACUUAUCCUAUGCAGACGUCGACCAACCUUUAUGGGACUCAUUUGGCCGUCUGGUGCAGCCCUUGGCAAGCCAGCGGCCUUGGAUGGUGACACAAGGCAAUCACGAAAUCGAGAAAAUCCCCGUCCUACACACUCAUGCCUUCACUGCGUACAAUGCAAGGUGGCACAUGCCGUACGAAGAGAGUGGUUCGGAUUCGAACCUCUACUACUCAUUCGAUGUGGCUGGAGUUCAUGUGAUCAUGUUGGGGUCGUACACUGAUUUUGAUCCUACUUCUGCCCAGUACCAGUGGUUGCAAACAGAUUUGGGGAAGGUGGAUAGGGGAAGGACCCCGUGGAUCGUUGUGCUUAUCCAUGCUCCUUGGUACAAUUCUAACAAGGCUCACCAGGGUGAAUCUGAAUCUAUUGACAUGAAGGACGCCAUGGAAGAUCUGCUCUAUCAAGCUCGUGUCGAUGUUGUUUUUGCUGGCCAUGUACAUGCAUAUGAGCGUUUUACCCGCGUUUACAAGGAUGAAGCCAAUAAUUGUGGUCCAGUGCAUAUUACCAUUGGAGAUGGUGGCAACCGUGAAGGUCUUGCUAGCAAGUAUAAGAAUCCGCAACCCAAAAUAUCGGUUUUCAGGGAGGCCAGCUUUGGGCACGGGCAAUUAGUGGUGGCAAAUGCAACUCAUGCACAGUGGACAUGGCAUAGGAAUGAAGAUGAUGAGGCAGUUGCCAGUGACUCCAUUUGGCUCACAAGCCUCUCCUCUGAUCCUGCCUGCAAAAAUUAA